AUGUCACAAACACACACAACCACGGCACCUACAACCACCCUCCCCGAAACAAUGCAAGCAUGGCAAUUCACAUCCAUCACCACCACUCUCUCCCAAGCUCUCGAGCUCAACUCCUCCGCCCCCCUCCCCACCGCUCCGCUUAACCCAGGAGAAUACCUAAUCCAAGUCCACUACGCCUCCCUCAACCCCGUCGACUACAAGCUCCCCGAGCUGCCCCUAAUCCCACGCCUCAUCCUUCCCUCCCCCUGCACGCCCGGCCUCGAUUUCAGCGGCCGCAUCGUGGCUGCCAGCCCAACCAGCACCAUCCCAAUCGGCACCAUGGUCUUCGGCAAGCUCGAACCCAAACACCGUUUCGGCUCCCUAGGCGCCUACAUCAUCGGCUCCAAAGAAGGCACCGUGCCCCUCCCCUCAGGCGUGAGUGCCGAAGCAGGCGCCACACUGGGCGUAUGUGGCCUAGUAACUUAUCAAUGUCUGCAACGCAACGUCAAAGCAGGCGACCACGUCCUGGUCAACGGAGGCUCCGGCGGAACAGGCACCUUCGCCGUUCAAAUCGCAAAAGCCCUCGGCUGUGUCGUUACAACCACGUGCUCGGGCGCCAACGCCCAGUUAUGCAGAGACCUAGGCGCUGACCACGUAAUCGACUAUCGCACCGAAUCCGUUGUCGACGUCCUCGCAGCUUCUGGUCGUAAAUACAACUUUGUUCUCGAUAACGUUGGCGCUACGGCGGAGCUUUACUGGCAGGCGCCGCAGUUCACGGCGCCGGACGCAAAGUACGUGCAGAUUGGGUCGCAAGUUAGUGUAGCGUUUUUGUAUGAUCUAGCGUGGCGGUUCCUGGUGCCGUCAUGGUUGGGCGGUGGACAGCGAGCGUUUGCGUUUGGCAAGACGGCUACGAAUUAUGAGGAUUUUGUGGCUUUGGGCAAGAUGGUGGCGGCGGGUAGGGUCAGGCCGGUGAUGCAGGAGGUUGUGGAGUUUGAUGGGGUGAGGGGCGCGUAUGAGAUGUUGAGGGCGGGGAGGUGUAGGGGGAAGAUUGUUGUGAGGGUCUUGGAUGAGAAGGACGAACAGGAGUAA